AUGGAUAUGAUAGAAGAUCGUGCAGAUCCAGCCCUUACUUAUGUCCUGGCGUCCCAAAAGUCAUCUCCAGAGCAAGUUCUUUUAUUGACAAACGACAUAUCUCGCCUUCUCUACUCUCAAUUACAUUAUCAGUGAAUUUGAAAUUAUCUCAGAUCUCAAGCGCUCACUCUUUCUCCAUCAAUUUUAAUUCCUCAGUCAUUUCCACAAGAAAUGAAGAUCCUCAACCGAGUUCGGCUGCAUUUUAUUAAUGAACUCAAAGAUUUUCCUCACCCUUGCGAAGCUGUUUUGCAUUUAAAAGUCCUUGUCGCUUUGAUUACUCGCAAUGCAAUCCGCUUAACUAAUGAUGAUUUUAAAGAGCUGUAUAGCAUUUUAGAGACUUUGUCCCAAGACUCCCACCUGAGAUUAAUAGAACUGAUUUUUUACUGCUUAAUGAUUUUGGUUACUUUAUUUGACGACUACAGCUCUAUGCUGUCGGUCCAUGCAAUUUUGUCGAAUAUUUCGUUUAAAAUUGAAGGAAAAAGACUGCUGUAUGCGUUGAAAUUUAGAGAAGGAAAAUGGGCUGAAAUUUUGCAAGAAAUGAAUGACUGUUUUGGGUUUGAUGUAAAAAUGGUUAAGGUCCUGGGGAUAAAUUUGGUAAUUUUCUGGAUUUAAAAAAAUAAAAUUAUUUUAUAGAACUUUAAUAUUAAUGUUUUAUGGCAACCCUGUAAAAAUGCCGGAGGAAAUUGUGGAAAAAAGUGGAAGAAUGCUUAUCGGGUGCAUAGGAGGUGGAAAUCUUGAUGUUUCUGAAAUGGAUGAUAAGUGCUUGGCUGUAUAUUUAGGCUUGGGCGGCAAAGAUGUAGGUUAUCGAGCUUUGAUAGACUCUAUUGUAAAUUCCACAAACUUGCAUUUUCAAAAUUUAAUAGAAAAAGCUACUGAAAAGCUGCAAAUUAUGAUACCAGAGCCAAACUUACUAGAAUUGCUCUCUAAAUACCCAAACUUGCAUUAUAGAGUUUUGUUUUAUUCUUUACUUUAUAAUGGAACUGUAAAAAGCCCACAAUACCAUUUUACUUUUUUUUUCAAAAUCAACGUGCGAGCUUCUUUAAACCAAGCCUCAGGAGUUAUUUCAGAAAGGCUCGUCCAGCUCAUCACUGAUUUAAUGCCUUGGUUCUUUAUCCCAUCCUUAUCAGAAUUCACAGACACCAGCGAAGUUUCUGAUAAUUUUAUCUACAAGUUCGCUAACUCCUUACACAAAAUAAGCUCAGAGUCGCUGAUUCAAUGGAAAUCUCUGUUGAAUUUUCACCCGCUGAAGGUCUGUUUAGAAACAUUAGAUGUGUUGCAGCAAUUAAGGUCAAAUGUGCCUCAUGAAAUUUUAUGCUUUUUUGAAUAAUUAUUAUUAUUUUUUAUAUAUUUUUAAAUUAUGAUAAUUGAUUCAAUAGAGAAUAAAUCCUCUCAGAGUGUUCAACUGCAUUAAAAUAGAAAACGAAAAAACUGUAGAGGUCCUCACAAGUAUCCUAGAAGUCCUUUUAAGCGCAUGGCAGCACUAUGUGCUUAAAUAUGAAAGCCCAUUUAACCUAGACGGCCGUCAGUCUUUUAUAUUAACCAUGCAGAGCGCAUGUGUCCAAGACUUAAUAAAUUAUCUUGGCAAAACUGAAGAAAUUGAUCAGGUCAUCUGUGAGUUCCUGCACAGCUACUGAAUAGAAAAUUCUUUAUUAAUCAAGCUUGUCCAUUAUCAAGGCUAUCCAGACCAUUUACUUCCUAUUACAGUAAACAAAAUAGGGAGCUUAAUCUGUACGUGGGACUUUAUUACUGAUCUCGUCAGAAGUGGCACAACUAAACAAAAGCGAUUUGCCUUACAAUUAGCUGGGCAUUUAUCAUAUAAAUACCCGACACAGAAGCUCCUGGACAUAAUCAGAGAAUGCAUUCAGUUUAUUGAGGACAAUUUGCAGUAUUUUUCAGAAGACCCAGAGCUAGACUCAAUUUUGGAAUUAUUUUUGAAGGCUUUUCCACAACUAAAUGGAAGGAUCAGAAAGCUAAAGCGAAAAUACCCCAAGCAGUUCUUUAAUUACGAACUUGCACCUGUCCAAUUAAUAAGAUAA